CUCCGUAAUUACUGUCAUAAAAAUAUUCGGAAUUGAUCCUUAUGCUUUUCCUAGUAGGGUUUGGAACUGGGUUUUCACAGCUCAAUCUCUGUCAAAAUCAUUAAACCCAAUUGAGAAUUGGGAAUGAAAGGGUCAAACGAAGCGGAUUGGGAAAUGAGGCCAAGCGGUAUGCUUGUUCAAAGGAGAGAAGAUGAUUCUGCUUCUCCUAAUCCCACCACUAUCACAAUCAAGGUCUCUUAUGCUUCUCAAGACUUCGAUCUCCCUGUCCCCUAUGAAUUCACUUUUGGUGAAGUAAAAAGUGUCAUUUCCCAAAUAAUUGGUUUGGAGCCGAAGGUGCAAAAACUUCUGUUCCGAGGAAAAGAAAAAGAAGAUCAUGAAUACCUCCACUUGGCUGGUGUGAAAGACAAUUCCAAAGUGUUAGUUAUGGAGGAAAAAACAGUUGAGGACAAAAAUCCCGAAGAGGUUAAGUUAACCACUGAAAUAUCAAGAGGAGCUGAAGCAGUUUAUGAAGUGAGAAAAGAAGUGGAUAAGCUCUCAGAGCAGGUCUCUGCUGUACAAACAGUUGUUUUUGGUGGUUCCAAUGUUGAGGACAAGGAUAUUAUCUGUCUGACAGAGAUGCUGAUGAGGCAGCUGCUGAAAUUGGAUGGCAUUGAUGCUGAAGGAGAAGGGAAAGUACAAAGAAAGAUGGAGGUGCGCCGUGUCCAGAGCUUGGUAGAGACAAUGGAUGCAGUUAAGGCAAGAAAUGCCAAUCCGUUUAGCAACAACAGUAAUGCCGUGUCAGUGACUACUCAAUGGGAGACAUUUGAGUCUGGAGUUGGAAGCCUGAAUGCCCCACCUCCUAGACCGUCUUCUACUGUAGUGACUGAGGACUGGGAACAAUUCGAAUAGUAGUAGAUGGUUCCAGUUUAUUAUUUAAAGAGACGAAAUAUGCCAGUUAUUAGGCACUGCAUACCACUAUUAUUUAGUCACCUUCAUUCUAUCGUUACAGUUGUAAAUUUUUGUUGACUGUAAACUCAUGACCAGGAAAACAUAGAGGUUUAAUGAAAUGGUGAUGGUUAAUUACUUUUGUUAAAA